AGGCCAUGAGGUAGUGAGGCAGUGCACAGCUCUGUGGUGAGCGGACUGCUACUCUCUCAUUAUGUUGUAUCCGUGUUUGAGAUAAGAUGAUCAAUGGUGUCAAAUCUACUGUACAUCCAUGUGAACAAUAACCUGACAUGUACCCUCCACCACUAUCCGAGGAGCAAGGCCUCUGGCUGGCUUCCAGCGUUCAGGAUUGGCAGAUAAAUCAUGGCUUCCUGCUCAAGCGUGUCCGCAGCCAAUCUGCACACAGUGUCCUCUGCUGUCCCAUCGGAGUCACGCUGUUCCCAACGCCAUUCCCUCGAGCGCAAUUCGAUGAAGCACUAAACCUGCAGAGCAUCUAUAACGAGCUGUACUGUGCUAUGACCGAAGAUGAGCAUUGGGAGAUACACCAAGACGUCAAGCGCGUAGGUGGGCACACCCAAAAUAUUUCAUGUGGAAUAUUUCGUUUGGACUACAUGCUUCAAGGCGACGGAACCUCCAAGCUGGCUAUCGACCCAGCCGACGGCUCAAUCUCCAUCCCGCAGCUGAAGCAAGUAGAGUUCAAUACCUUCUCCUGCGCCGGGGCAUCCCACGCACAAAAGACCGUGGAUAUGCACCGCCAUUUCACCCGUACAGGGGCAUACAAUUCCCUCACAAACGGAAACUCACCUGUUGGUCUUGCUGCCUUGCCCGAAAAUAACAAUAUUCAAUCACUAGCUGCCUGCCUCGCAGAAGCGCACGCCCUCUAUGGGCAAGCAAAGAGCAAGGUAGCUGCAGAAACAGCAGUCCUCCUUCUUGUCCAGCCCCAGAACUUCAACAUUGCUGACGAGCGGCCCGUCGAAUAUGCGCUGUGGAAUCAAGCCAGUCCCGUCCUAGCCUACCGUGUCGAAUGGGACGACGAUCUACUCGAAACCACAUCCCUGUCCAAAACGAAAGAGCUGCUCUUUCACCCAUCGUGGCUGCAGUCACAAGUCCCAAUCGAGAUCUCCGUCGUCUACCUGCGCGCAGGCUACGAAGCCGACGAAUACGACCAUGUAGGCAAGAGGGCGCGAGUGCGAUUGGAGACAUCCCGAGCGAUCAAAUGCCCAUCAUUAUUGGCACAGAUCCUCACAUUUAGGAAGGUUCAGAAAGCCCUCACAGAGCCCGGAUCAGUGGAGAGGUUCCUGUCACCAAACAAGGCGGCCAAGAUCAGAAAGACGUUUGUACCCAUGUAUCCGCUGGAUGAGUCCCAAGCGGGUCUGCGGGCUCGAAACUGGGCAACUGAUUCAGAUGUCGCGGGGAACUACGUGUUGAAACCGUCACAUGAGGGUGGGGGUCACAAUGUCUAUGGGGCGGAUAUACCUGACUUUCUGGCUUCGGUUGCGCGUUCCGCGUGGUGUGCAUACAUCUUGAUGGAGCGCAUCCACUCGCCGGCGGUGUAUAAUGUGCUCAUGUCGCCGCAGGGCAUUGGUUCGGGCCCGGUCGUAUCGGAGCUCGGCGUGAUCGGGACCUGUAUCUGGAAGAAGACAACAGAGGGCUCUGAAAUUCUGAGCAACACAGUUGCUGGGUGGUCAUACAUAACCAAGCAUACCGACGUGGAUGAGAUGAGUGUGUUGAAGGGCUAUGGGUGCUUUGACACUCCACUCCUAUACUGA